GUUGCACAGUCCAUCACAAAAUUGACAUCACUGCGCAAACAACUUGAUAAACUUCGAUUUUUUACAAUGUUGCUCCAAAAAAUCUAACAUGACGAAUUAUUGUUAAAUUAUCAAUACAUUUAUUUCUAAAGUUAAAAACAUAAAUCAUUCAAUUGAAAUCAUUGUCACAAUUUUGAUGUCAAUCAUUUUGUAUUACUUUUGAGAUGUUGACUGAUAUUUUAUAUGAAACAAACUUGACAAAAUUUUUUUAAGAAGAUUAAAACAAAAACGGCUCUGAGUUAGUUUUAAACAGUAAAAUUGAUGCAUUGACUUUAAUAUUAUCAACUAUUACAAAAUAAUAAUAAAGGAGUCAUGGCAUCAGCAGCUGAGCAACAUCAAACUACUUUGGAAUUCUAUCAAGCUAUGGCAGACUUCAAAAACAUGUUCCCACAAAUGGAUGAUGAUGUUAUUGAAGCUGUAUUACGAUCCAAUCAAGGUGCCGUAGACACUACGAUUGAUCAAUUAUUAGCCAUGAGUACAGACAAUGAGAAUGAAAAGAUAAGAAGUGAAUUGGAGCAAAGUGAUGCAUCGCCCGACUCUCCUCAAAUUACAUCAAGCAGCAAUAAAUCUUCAAAAAGUAUUCAGAAAUGGAAACCUCCACUUUUAGGGCCUUUACCAGAUAAUUUUUUGAGAAUUCCUCAACAAAUGACAGAUUUAACCGAAACACAAGAUGCAGCAAGUGCUCAAGAAAGUUCUAUGUUAGAAGAUGAAAGUAUUGCUAUGUUCUUACAAAAUGAAGAAUUUAUGGCUGAACUUAGAUGGAAUGAAGAUUUCUUAAAUACUUUAGAGCAUGAUUCGAAAUUACAAGGAUCAGAAAAAUGUAAUUCUCAUGAUGAAGAAGAUUUGUUCCGCGAACGACUUAGGAAUAUGGGCAAAGUAUCUCGUCGUAAGUUUGCACAGCUUACAAAAGUUUUUACACGAAGUAAGAAGCGAGGUGGGAGACAAUUAUUACCACCAACUGCAUCUUGUGAUGAUCUCUUGGAUCCAGAAGAAUCUUCUCGUCCACAAACUUAAAAUCUCAUGAAUUAGUGCAAUAAUAAUUUUAAAAAUAAAACGAAUGAUAUUAGCAUUAAUCAGUUCGAGUUUGAACCAUUUUAGAGAGAAAUUGAACUUUAAAUAUUUAAUAUUUAA